AUGGCUGCUCAACCAUCCCAAGCCAACAUCGACGCAAUGGCCAAAGCCGUCUACGAGCAAUGUCUACAAGCUCCAAGCGACUACCUUUUCUCAGUUUCAGAACUUCAGGACUUGGUCCCUGGGAAAAACAACCUUGAGCUAACACAAAAAGUCCUCAAUGAAUUAUUACGGACUCGCUCGCUCAGUGCCCUCACCCGGGGCUCCCAGACUGUGUUCCGUUCUGUUCCUAAGGAUUUUGCAGAGAAGGUCAAAAAUAUGACCCCGGACGAGGAAUUGUUAUACGGAUAUAUUCAGGAGUCGGCGAGGGAAGGGAUUUGGACAAAGCAACUAAAAAUAAAGUCGAAUAUGCAUUCUACGGCAGUUAAUAAGGCGUUGAAAGGGUUGGAGAGGAAGAAGUUUAUCAAGUCGAUAAAGAGUGUUAAUCACCCAGCGCGCAAUAUCUACAUGCUCUACGAACUCACACCAUCAAUAGAAGUCACAGGAGGCCCUUGGUUUACGGACUCAGAGCUCGACAAAGAAUUCGUAAACGAGCUACUAACCGCCAUCACCAAGUUUAUGGUGUCAAAGUCUUUCCCAAAGCUUCCUGCCCGGGGUGUCAUCGGCUCAUUCCCUCCUGGUUACACUGGUUAUCCAACCUUGAACCAAGUCUAUCUCUGGGUCAAGAGUAGUAACUUGACCGAAGUUGACCUCGCAGAGGCCGAUAUCAGAAGCCUGCUCGAUGUGCUAGUGUACGAUGGGAAAAUUGAACGUGUAGUGGGAGGAAUGGCCUAUCGGGCUGUCAGGAGACCGGAUAGCAUCAAUGGGUUUACCGAGAGUCCGUGCGGGAGGUGCCCCGUUUUUACCUUGUGCAAGGAGGGAGGCCCAGUUAGUGCGAGUAAUUGCGUGUAUUUCGAGGACUGGCUGAAUGCAUGAGAGGGGGCUUGUCAUUUUGCGCUUUCGAGUGAAGGAGUGGGCUUGGGUCCGGCAUUGUGUGGUGCAAAUGACCGAGAAGGUCUACUAUGAUGCAAACCACGUAAAACGUAUAGUAUCAUACUGGUGUUUCAAAAUGUAAUGCCUUCUGUUAUCGGGGCAAA